AUGACUAAUCUGAGCUUGGUUUCUUGCUUCAACGUAUGCAGGGAUCAGACGCAGGUCUCUGGGCCCGGGACGAGGAUCUGGAACUGCACGGAGAAGACCAUUGAGCUUCAAGUAAGAGUCGGGUGUAUACUGAAGAAGGUUCACACGUUGAAGGCGGGGUCAUCAAAGAGGUUGAAGAGCAAGAACAUCUACAAGGCGUUCAUGCCGGGAAAGGCUAAGGGGGUAAAGGAUUUGCAUUACUACUAUGAUGAAACAUGCCAUCCAUACAUAUGGAUACAUGAUGCUGGGUGUGAUUUUUCUAGGAUGCUUAAGCAGCAGUAUAUUAGUCUUGAGGAUUUGAGAGAUUGUUCGGAGAUCAAAGUCUUUAGGGAUCAUCAGAGGGGAUGCAUAACGGUUCGUAAGAAAUCGAGGCCCGAUUUCUGUUGA